GCUCUUGAAGAGGAAAGAAGAAACCUGCUGCUGGAAAUAGAAGCUAUGAAACAAUUGGGUCAUCAUAGGAAUUUAAUUAGUUUAAUUGCUUGUUGCUCAAUUGGUAAAGAUAUCUGUUUAGUUAUGGAUUAUUGUCCACUAGGUGAUUUGCGAAACUUUUUACGAAAAGAUCGAAUGCACAAUAUGCAGUUACCAUAUCCGGCCCACAAAGCGGCAGCACAAAUAGAUCCAAGCACCCUUUUAUCAUACGCCAGACAAAUCGUACUUGGAAUGGAAUAUCUUACUGAUAAAAAGUUUGUACAUAGAGAUUUAGCCACUAGAAAUAUCCUACUGUCCAAUGAAAAGCUGUUAAAAAUAUCUGAUUUUGGUUUGACUCGAGACGUAUAUUUAACAAAUAUGUACAGACCAACUUCUAGUCGAAAGUUACCAUACAAGUGGAUGCCUUUAGAGACCAUAUUUGAUCAGAUAUUUACAAUGAAAAGCGACGUUUGGUCAUUUGGGAUAGUGUUAUGGGAGAUAGUGACCCUGGGUGGAUGUCCAUACCCUGGUAUACCCAAUGAAGAUUUAUUCAAAUUGUUAAAAGAUGGAUACAGAAUGGAGAAACCUGAAAAUUGUGGUAAUGAAUUAUAUCAGAUGAUGUUAGCCUGUUGGCAUCCGACACCAUCCAAUCGUCCUACAUUUAAACAAUUACAUUAUGAUUUAGAUAAACUAUUAGAAGCUACA